AAUUUGACGAACUCCGAGCCAAAAUAUUUUGUGUAACUAAUACUAUUAUAUAGUAUAUACUGAAUUAUUAUUUUAACUUAAUUAAAAUAUACCAUUAAAGCCAAAUUUAAAUUAAAAGUGAGAACUAUACAUCAAGUUAAAAGAAAAUCAAAUAUUGAUACAAAUAAUUGGAUAAUCCCGGGAAGAACAAUAACGUAGAACAUGGCAUUAGCACUCCAAAGACGUGCAAAUGUAAGGCUUCCACCAGAAGUUAACAGAAUUCUGUACAUAAGAAAUUUACCAUAUAAAAUCUCUGCUGAGGAAAUGUAUGAUAUUUUUGGCAAAUACGGAGCUAUACGACAAAUAAGAGUUGGAAAUACACCAGAAACAAGAGGAACAGCAUUUGUUGUGUAUGAAGACAUUUUCGAUGCUAAAAAUGCUUGUGAUAAUUUAUCUGGUUUUAAUGUUUGCAAUAGAUACUUAGUUGUAUUGUAUUAUAGAUCAAACAAAGCAUUUAAGGGAAUGGAUAUUGAAAAGAAGCAAGAAGAAUUAGAUACAUUAAAGAAAAAAUAUGGCAUUUCAACUGAUGAACUUCAUAAAUAAAAUACUUAGUAAUAAA